AAAAAAUGGAACACACCAGCAGUGUGAGGAGACCUGAAAGUGGCACAUGGCAGAGUGUGGCGAUGGAGACAGCAGCAAUGGGAGGCCGUACAGGGACCCAUGAGAGACUGUGGACCUGGCAGCAGCAUGAGGAGGCGGUACGGGGGCCCAUGGCAGAUUACGGGCCUGGCAGCAGCAAUGGGAGGCCCGUAAUCUGCCAGCACCCUAUGACAAAAAAAAAACACACCAGCAGUGUGAGGAGACCUGAAAGUGGCACAUGGCAGAGUGUGGCGAUGGAGACAGCAGCAAUGGGAGGCCGUACAGGGACCCAUGAGACACUGUGGACCUGGCAGCAGCAU